AUGUAUUCGGUUAUAUCUCUCCUGGUAUGUAACCUGUGUGAGCAAAUAACGUACUACAGCGUCGCGGCCAACAUGAUCCUCUUCUGCACCAGUGUCCUCGACUACAGCAGCCCCGAGGCAGCAACCAUCAGCCUCGUCUUCUCGGGGAUAGCGUUAUUCCUGAAUGUGCUGGGCGGCUACAUCGCAGACUCCAUGGCGGGCCGGUACAACACCAUCCUGGGGGCGGGCCUCAUCUACCUCAUAUGUCUUGUGAUGAUACCUAUCUCUUCUGUGGAUUAUAAAGAUGUGUUCGGCAGGUCUGAGGAUGGAUCUGCCUAUGAUAUGACAUUGGAGGCGAGACGUGUCUACUUUCUUGGAGGUCUGGUGUUUGUUGCCAUGGGCACCAGUAGCAUCAGGGCCAAUAUUGGGGCGUUCGGGGCGCUGCAGGUGCAAGGGCUGGGCGAGCACGCCGUGCAAUCCUUCUUCAAUUGGUUCUACUGGGUCAACAAUGCCGGAGCUCUGGUCGCCUACUCUGGUGUGGCGUACCUGCAGCAGAACAUCAGCUGGGUGUGGGGACUGUCUGUCCCCUUCUUCAGCAUGAGUAUAGCCCUUGUGGUCUUGGUCCUGGCCCGGGGAACGUACCGGCACACACCACCAGCGGGAAGUGUGUUGACUUCUGUGUUCAGUGUGUGGCGUAAAGGAUGCGGACAGUUUGAAGAGAUGAGGAAAACGAAAGGCGGAUCCUAUGAUGACGUCACUGUAGAUGGUGCCGUCGGUGUCCUGAGAAUCAUGCCUGUGUUUGUACUCAUGAUCUUCUACUGGGUGAUAUACUCUCAGAUGAUGUCCACCUUCUUCCUGCAAUCAGAGAGCCUGAACGUUAAAGUUGGUGACGUCAAAGUCCCCGCCGCCAUGUUGACGAUCUUUGACAUCCUCAUCAUCCUUGUGUUCAUCCCUCUCGUAGACCGGCUGAUAUACCCGCUCUUCAGGAGGUUGGGUCGGCCCCUCAAACAGCUUCAGAGAAUUGGGGUGGGUCUCCUGCUGGUGGGGGGCUCUGUGGUAACGGCAGGGGUGGUGGAGAUGUACCGGAAGCAGGACCUCCAAGUCCAUGGAGCCGUCGUUCAGGUGCUUGGAGAUGAGAAAUUCAACGCUUCUUCCAUGUCAGUGCUUGUGCAGGUGCCACAGUUUGCAUUAGUCGGUGCAAGUGAAGUGUUUGCCAGCAUUACAGGGCUAGAGUUUGCGUUUACUCAAGCGCACCCUUGUAUGCAGGGAGUUCUCACAGGGUUUUUUAUGAUGACCUGGGGACUUGGCACCUUUGUUUCAUCGGCCAUUCUUAAAAUAGUUGAAGUAGCCACGAAAGACGAUCCGUGGCUCCCGGACGACAUCAACAAUGGAAAGGCAGAGUAUCUGUUCUUCUUGCUGGGCGCCAUGAUGUUCGUCAACUUCAUCGGCUUUGUUCUUGUAGCUCGCCGAUACAAAUACGCCACCUACCACGCCGAGGAAAUUGUCGCUGCAGAUCAGAAGGGCGAGGGAGCGUGUGUCGACAAGAACGUCGUCCGCUGCGACGAUAUGAAUGUUACUUAUCCAGAAAGUCGAGUGUGUCAAGGAAUAAACAAGCACUGACCUGCUUCAGAUUCCGACACAA